AUGGGUGGCUGCAUUCCCUGGAACAAACCGCUCACGGCCGACGAUUUGGCUCAGCGGAUCCCCCGGCCACCGCUGGGUAGUGUGAGAAAUCCCUGCCGCAAAAUGCCCUCUUUUUCCCCGCAAUUUGAUUCGAUUAGGGUUUCUCCUUCCACGACGGCGACAAGGGUGGCGGAAUCUGGUGGAAAAGAAAUCUCAAGAUGUGGUUCUUCGCAAGCUACUCCCAAGACAUCUCCAUUUAAAGAGCUGGCUGCGGCAACUGACAAUUUCAGGGAUGAUUGUCUCUUGGGUGAAGGUGGAUUUGGUCGAGUUUAUAAAGGCAGGUUGGAAAGCAUCCAACAGACAGUAGCAAUAAGGCAGCUCGAUCUCAAUGGUGCACAAGGAAAGAGGGAGUUCCUUGUUGAAGUUAUGAUCUUUGGUCUACUUCACCAUCCUAACCUUGUUAAUCUGAUUGGGUAUUGUGUUGAUGGAGAUCUAAGGCUUUUGGUUUAUGAAUAUAUGCCGCUUGGAUCCUUGGAAGAUCACCUCCAUGGAGACCUUUCUUCAGAUAAGAGGCAGCUCAACUGGCAUCACAGAAUGAAAAUAGCUGCUGGGGCAGCGAAAGGAUUAGAGUACCUGCAUGACAUGGUAAAUCCUCCUGUGAUUUAUCAUAAUCUAAAAUGGUCGAACAUUCUGCUCGACGAGAACUAUGACCCCAAGUUGUCAGAUUUUGGACUGGCAGAGCUUGGUCCUAUUGGUGAUAAUACUCAUGUCUCCACCCGAGUGAUGGGCACAUAUGGGUACUGUGCACCUUUUAAUAUUCAAGGACCGGGCAACUAACAAUAAAGUCUGAUAUUUAUAGCUUUGGAGUUGUUCUUUAAAAACUUAUAACCGGAAGAAUAGCAAUUUAUUGUUCUAGACGUCCAGGCGAGCAGAAUCUUGUUUCCUGGGUAUCUUUUUUGUUUCCUUUCCCGACCAUUUUAUUGUUCUAAUAUGUAUUAGCCAUCUCUAUUCUGUUUCAUUUUAAGCAUUCAGUUAAUAUUUGCAAUUAUCAUGUAGCACUUUUGUUCAGCACUUCAGAAUGUUUUUCUUUGUUCCAUGCUUGAUCAAAGCCAUUGUUCAAGGACCGAAAGAAGAGGGGUUCCCCUCGAUGAUUGACCCAAUGCUUCAGGGCCAGUACCCCAUCCACGGCUUAUACCAGGCACUUGUCAUUGCUGCAAUGUGUGUGCAGUCUUAACCGAGUUUGAGACCUCAGAUAGCAGACGGCAAUUCUACCGGACAAAAACCAAGCAGUCAAUCCAAAAGUGAUUUAUAGAGAGGGCAGAAUAGAGCUGAUCAGUUCAUUCGAACUUCUACGCCAAAUACUCUUUUGCGAUUCCUGUUCUGUUUGUUAACUCAGUCUCACCUUCAAUCUCUCCUUUGGUUCUUUUAGUUUUAGGGUCAGCAAAUUUUCACUAUAAAUUUUUAGAUAAGGUGAUUGUUGGUUCUUGUAUCGAAACUUCAAUUAUUUUACUUCAUCUAUCUUAUCCAAACCAAGGGAUAUAAAUUGCUACUUA